AACAAUUAUAAUAGUCAACGAUGUUCUGGAAUGUUUGAUAAGGCCGCAAUUCCAGGAGGGACGGAUCCAAAGAUUACUUUAAAAUAUGACAAAAUUUCAAAGAUAGGAGCAUCAAUGGUUGUAUACGAAUACUCAGAUUUUGAUAGUAUUGGAUAUUUCGAGAAAGGAGAGCGUGGCAGCAUUGUUUUUAACAAGGAUGCAUCAAGUAUCGUUGAUCAUGUAUUCAAUUUCGAUUCUACUGGGGAAGAUCAGAGUUUUAUAUAUCAUGUCAAUAAAACCGGCUUUUAUUGUGUCGCAGCGUUUUCUUUUGAAGACAGAGUUGGAGAUUUUAUGAUAAGAAUUGAUUGGAGAAAUCCGUAUGGAGAACUACCUGCUUCUGAUUAUCCAAAAUUGCCGUUUUAUGGACUCUUAUCACUGGUUUAUUUGGUUAUUGGAGUCAUAUGGAUGACGCUUAGUAUAAUACAUUGGCGAGAUAUUUUACCAAUACAGAACUAUAUCUCGAGCGUGAUUCUAUUUCUCAUGUUAGAAAUGGCUUUCAAUUGGGGAUAUUGGGAGAAUUAUAAUAACUAUGGGGUUUCAUCAACAUUUCUCCUUUGCCUUGUUGUUGUUCUCAAUGCCGGAAGAAACUCUAUUUCAUUCUUUAUGCUAUUGAUUGUUUGCAUGGGAUAUGGUGUAGUCAAACCAACUCUCGGCAAUACAAUGAAUAAGUGUCGUGCACUGGCUGCAGCACAUUUCAUAUUUGGUAUAAUGUAUGCUGCAGGUACAAUGCUUAUCGAUCCUAACACUUCAGGUCCUCUUAUAUUUCUAGUCAUUUUUCCAUUGGCUCUUACAAUGACCACGUUUUAUAUCUGGACACUUCAAUCAAUUACAACUACACUUCAGACCCUUAAAAUUCGCAAGCAAAGUGUUAAAUCUUUAAUGUAUAAACGGCUUUAUAGACUUUUGGUUUUUUCAGUUAGUGUGCUGGGCAUCUUCUUUUUUAUCAAUAUGUUUAGUUAUAUCCAUCGGGGUGACAAUAACUGGGUACUAAAGUACUGGCGGUGGAAAUGGUUCUUAUUAGACGGAUGGUUGAAUAUUUUGUAUUUGAUUGUAUUCAUCGUAAUACUCGUUAUUUGGAGACCAACUUACAAUAAUAAGAGAUAUCCUUUGAUUGGAAAAGACGAAGAAUUAGCACAAGAGGACGACUAUGAUCUAGAUAAUAUCGGUCAUGCGUUGGAAAGUCUUGGUUAUGAACAGAUUAAGUAUAGAAAUUCUACACGGGACCAUAAUGAGACUGAAAGAUUGCAUGUAGAAGAGGCAUUUCUGGAAAUUAUGAGGCACCAUCUAGGUACUAUAUUUAUUCAUUUUAAAAAAAUGAGUUUUGUGUUAUUAUCCCUUUUUGACACCAAAUUUGUACAAAGUGACUUUUAA